AUGGGAUGCAGGACUGGUGCCAAGCCCUCAGGCUUGCAGGGCAGAUUUGGGCUGAGCUGGGAGAGGAGCAGUGCUGUGAGAAUCUGGUUUCUCUGGGCUUUGCUGGUGGCUGGAGCCAUGGCCACCAUGGAUGACAAGGACCUGCUGGCCUAUUUCCUCACACAGUACAGGCAGAACCUCCUGACCUUGCUCAGGAAACUCAACCUGAGGGAGGAGGAACCCCUGUCCUCAUUUAUUCACCUCCAGGACAAGAAGAAAGAAUUCAAGCAGAUGCAAAAGGACCGGGAGGCAAAGGAAGAGGCCUUCAGGGAGAGGAUGAAGGUCAUCGCCUGCCGGUGGAAGGAGCUCUGUGCAGAAGAGGUGCAGCUGAGAUCCUCUGCAGAGAAAGGAGAGAGGAUUUCCAAGGAAGAUGAGCUGCCAAUCCAGGCUCUGCAAAAGGCUAGCAAAGAGAGAGAGAGGACCAUGCAAAAGGAGAACGAGCUUUGGGGAGCUAAGAAGGAAUUGGAAGCCCUGAGAAGAGAGCACCAGAAACUCUACAACAAAGUGAAGAAGUGCUCCACCUUCAACAAAAACCUGGAGGAUAUGGUGAAGAUCUCACAGUUUGAGGAGACCCAGGAAGUCAUCUGGCGCUACAACACGCUGCUGAGGGUGAAAAAGGACCUGCUGCAGUCACAGCAGUGGGACCAGGAGAUGUCUGCCCAAGCCAAGGUGCUCCUGAAGCGGUACAAGCCAGAGCUGGAAGCUGAGAUCCUGCAGUACGGAAAUGAGCUGGAACAGCUCUCAGAGUGCUUGGACCAGACUCAGAAGGAUGUCUUCCUCUGGGAGACUUGCUGGGCCAGCAUCGAGGACGUGACUGCUGAGAAGGUGCAGUGGCUGGGGGCCAUCAGGAUGGGCGUCCUCAACCUGUUCCAGAGCACCAGCCUGCAGAUGGCAGCCAGCCUCAGUAUUCCAGCAGAUGAUAGCCAUGCACAGCUCGACAUGAUUCAGCAUUUCUCUGAAUACAGCAGAGACAUCUCUGUGGAGGCAAAACAGAAGACCACGAGGAAACGUCAUCGAGCAGCCAGAGCUGCAGAGCUGUGA